GAUCUGCGCAGGCUGCCUCCCACCGUGAGUUGUGCGGUUGACUUGGCGUGGAGCUGACCCUGUUCUGCCAGAGCCACUGCUGUCAUUUCCCUUUGACUUUCUUUCAUGCUGAUCAGGGUUCUUAAGUGGCGUCAGUACCGACUUCUUGGUCAGUCGCCGACGCUGUUGUUUACCAGCACCAGGAAGGUUUCCCAGAUCAUCCUGAUUUUCCUCCCUUCUUUCGUCUCAACUUCAUCGUUUUCCAUAAUGAAGGCUGGCCUUCAUCUAUAAUUAAUUUUCGUCAACUCGGCUAGGAAGAUUGGCCGACCACGUGCGCUGCAGAAAGAAGCCUCUGUGUGACUACGGCUUGCGAUAAUGACUGGACUGGGGGCUGCGUUGGAGGAUGCGGCGAGCACGGGGGAUUCCAAAGAGGGGAUCUCGAUUAAGACCUUUUUGGCAUCGCUGGCGACUGCUGUGAUUGUCUUUGCUGUGGAAUUUCUGCUCUUUAUGCUCCUAAAGGGGAAGCUCACCCGUAUAUAUCAACCACGAACAUACCUUGUUCCCGAUCGAGAACGCACGAAACCAUCUCCUCCCGGUCUCUUUCGGUGGAUCGGCCCGGUGUUUCGCACGUCCAACUCUGAGUUUAUCCAAAAAUGUGGCUUGGAUGCCUACUUUUUCCUCCGAUAUCUGCGCAUGCUCCUUAAGAUUUUCCUUCCUUUGGCAGUUUUGAUUUUACCCGUGCUGCUGCCCCUGAACAAGGUUGGAGGUAAAGGUACUAGCUAUCAGAAUGAGACAUCUGAUUCUGGUGCCCGGUGGAAUGUUACUGGCCUUGACCAGUUGGCAUGGGAAAAUGUCAGACCUGAGAAUACACACCGCUACUGGGGCCAUUUGGCCCUUGCUCUCAUUGUGAUCAUAUACGUUUGUGCCAUUUUCUUCGAUGAGCUGAGAGGCUAUAUCCGGCUGAGGCAGGCUUAUUUGACUUCCCCGCAACACCGACUGCGCGCAUCUGCCACAACAGUUCUCGUCACCGCUAUUCCUCGAAGCUGGCUUACAGUGGAAGCAUUGGAUGCUCUGUAUGAUGUCUUCCCCGGUGGCAUUCGAAGUAUAUGGCUCAACCGCAACUUUGACGAGCUUAAUGCAAAGGUUAAACUGCGAAAUAAAAUCGCCUUGGCUUUGGAGGCUGCUGAGACGGAUCUGAUUGCAAAAUGCAAGAAGGCGCAGCUGAAAAUGGCAAAAGCCGAGGCGAAGAAGGCCGGAAAGAAUUCAAUCAAGACAGAGAAGGCUGAAGAAAUGGAGGCCAACUCCAGGGCUGCUCAGAUAGCCAUGAAUUCCGGUAUUAGUUCUGGAAACCCACACCAAAUUGCUCACACACUUGACGAAGCCUUACAUCCAAACAACUCACGAAGGCCAUCUGAUGACUCUAACAGCUCAGAGAAGCGUGGUCUCCAUGUCUUCAAUCCUGUUGGAACCAUCGGACAUGGUGUUGGCAAGUUGGGUAAGUCUGUGCUCGGUGGACUUCGAAGAGUGGAAGGUGAAUUCGACGGGACCCUGGAGCGGACUGGCGGAUUGGUGACUGCGGACGACAUCUCCGGCCCUAUGCAGAAUGGACUAGACUCUCAUCAUCAGUAUCACCAACCAGAUUACAAUCCUGAGAGUAUGUCUCCUGACGACGAAAGGCACAGUUAUGACCGAGGGAUGAUCUCGAUACCGGCAAACGAACGCAGAUACUCGGACCAGAAAAGGCCUUUUUGGAAAAGAGCAACGUCCAGCAAUUCGAGACUUAGUGGCAAAGGAAAAUCCGGUCCUCUUGAAGAUGAGUACCCGUUGACAGGCCGUGAUACACCGGCGGCUGAACCAAACGCUACCGUGCCGAGUCCGAGAGGAGAUGGUUUGCAAGAUAAAGAGAAAGCAAGGAAUGCACAGACUGAAGACCAAGAAUAUCCAGUGGCAUAUAAUGAAAAAUUUGACGACGAGGACUAUGGCGACCCAGCUUGGAAGAAAUACAUCAAGCCUAAAGACCGAGACACCAUGCGUCUCCCAAUCUUCGGUUGGGGCUGGAUGCCAUCGCUGCCCCUUAUUGGAAAGAAGGUGGAUACGAUUGACCACUGUCGAAAGGAGUUGGCGCGUCUGAACUUGGAGAUUGAAAUCGAUCAACAACACCCAGAGAGGUUCCCACUAAUGAACUCUGCCUUUAUUCAGUUCAACCAUCAAGUCGCCGCGCAUAUGGCUUGUCAAACCGUGAGUCAUCAUUUACCAAAACAGAUGGCUCCUCGGAUUGUGGAGAUUUCUCCAGACGAUGUCAUCUGGGAUAACAUGUCUAUGAAAUGGUGGGAACGCUAUCUGCGGACUUUUGGAAUUGUGACCGUUGUCUGUGCCAUGGUCGUAGGAUGGGCCUUUCCCGUCGCUUUCACAGGGCUACUCUCACAGCUUACAUACUUGGAGGGGGCCUUCUCAUGGCUGUCUUGGAUUGGCGAUCUUCCCGAAUGGUUUAUCUCCGCCGUGCAGGGUGUCCUUCCGGCGCUUUUCCUGGCUAUCCUCAUGGCAAUCCUCCCCCUGAUAUUGCGCUUCCUCAGCAAAGCUCAGGGCGUUCAUACUGGCAUGGCUGUCGAACUCACUGUGCAGUCCUACUAUUUCGCCUUUCUUUUCGUCCAGCUGUUCCUUGUUGUCUCCAUUGCCUCGAGUUUCUCGACCAUCGUCGACAACGUGACUGAUGUUACAAACUGGCCGGAGAUGCUUGCACAAAAUGUCCCCAAGUCGAGCAACUACUUUUUCUCCUAUAUGGUCCUUCAAGCCAUGUCAGUGAGUGCCGGUGCAUUAGUGCAGGUUUUCAAUCUGAUCAGUUGGUUUAUUCUUGCCCCAAUCCUGGACAAGACUGCGAGGAAGAAGUGGGCGCGCACAACCAACCUGAACCAGAUGCAGUGGGGGACCUUCUUUCCAGUUUAUACCACCCUUGCAUCCAUUGGGUUGAUCUACAGUAUCAUCGCGCCUCUGAUCCUUGUUUUCAAUGUGCUCACAUUUGGCCUGUUCUGGUUCGUCUACCGUUACAACACUCUCUAUGUGACGAAGUUCAGAUUCGAUACGGGUGGACUACUCUUUCCGAAGGCCAUUAAUCAACUAUUCACUGGCCUCUACGCAAUGGAAAUCGCCCUGAUCGGUCUCUUUUUCCUCGUACGGGACGUGCAAGGCAAUGUUUCAUGUAAAGGACAGGCAAUUUGCAUGAUUGUUGUCUUGGUACUUACUGUUGGGUACCAACUCAUGUUGAACGAAGCAUUUGGGCCCUUGAUGAGAUAUCUUCCAAUCACCCUAGAGGAUGAUGCGGUCGCACGAGACCAAGAGUUUGCCCGAGCUCAGCGAACCCGACUUGGCUUGGCAACGGCUGAGGAUGAAGAUAUUGAACAACAGUUGGCUGCACAAGCGCAGAGAGAGAAGGAGGAUGAGCGGAGAGCCCAGGACAUUGAAAUGAAAGAUAUAGAUGCUCAACGACAGCAUCGGAAUUACCUUCCAGGACUUCCACUCCCUCCAAAGCUGGGAAAACUGAGACCUAGUAUUGGCGGGAAACGACAAUCUUGGGCUGACCGCGAAGCAAAUCGACGAUCAAGAUUCUUCGAAAGUGACUCUAACCGAUCAUUACCGACAAUGGACCGCCUGCGAGAACAUGUUGUCCAGGAUGCAGAGGCUCAGGGUCCUUCUCCCCGAACCGUUGGGCACGCACUAUUUGCAGGAAUCCAUGAUCAACUGGAAGAUUUGACACCAGAUGAGCGUGACCAACUUGUACAGCGGGCGUUCCAGCAUGAAGCCAUACGCGCCAAGCGACCUGUCAUCUGGAUCCCUCGUGACGACCUCGGUGUCAGCGACGACGAAGUCUAUCGGACGCAACGGUUCAGUAAGCACAUCUGGGUCAGUAACGAGUAUCAGGCACUGGAUGGCAAGUGUCGCACCAUCUUUAGUCGCAGUCCGCCAGACUUCUCCGAAGUUGACCUCAUCCAACUGUAGAUGAGACAUUUUUGAUCCUACUCUUUCUAUGCUCUAUCCAUCCUGGUGUCUAUCCGGCGCAUAAUCCCUAACGCCACACUCACUCUCUUUUAUUUUAGAAAGCAGUCUGCACUUAUGACCUAGCAUGACCUGAGAUUUCAUACUUGGCAAUACCCCCGGGUGUAUAUCACACUCUUGACUCGUUUCUUUGCGUGUUUUUCGGCUGUUUUAUAUUUUUAGCGUACAGAAUCUGAUAUAUGUAAAUCCUGUUCAUUAUAUUCAUCUAUAGUCUCCAUACAUCUAGCGAACUAGGUCAAAAGGAAGAAAAAAAAGAAGGAUCACUGGG